GCUUGACCCUCAGGUGUCCAGGACUUGGCUGCAGACCCCUCUGGAGCGCUCAGCCUCUCCCAGCAAAGAGCAGCAAACCUUCCUGCAGGCCAGGCAGGUGCCCCCGCCUCCCUGGAGCACUCGCCGCGCGCCACGCCCAGCAGCCUGUGGGUGGUCCCACCUGGCCGCGGUGCUCCUGAGGGGCCGGGGCUGCCUUUGGCCCUGGGUGGGCCCCGCUGGCUGCUGGUUCCCUCGUCGGCCCGUUCAGACCUAGCUGGAGAGGAUCGUUGGGACUGACGGAGAGGACGUGUCAGGGGACCCGCUCCCUGGCCUGUGCUGCUCCCCGGGUCGUGGUGUCUCUCCUGCACGUUCACUCUCUGGUCUGAUGGUCGGCUGUCGCUCCCUCCCUCCCUCAGCUACAGCGGAGCCUCUGAGCAGAGCUGAGCUGGGCACUGCGGGGCUGAGGCCACCACCUGGCCUCCGCCACCUGUGCCUGCGCUCUGCCCAUCAGCCGCCAGGCGUCCGCACUGGCAUCCAGCGCACGGGAAGGUGCGCUGCGGCCUCGGGGCCCAUGGCUGAGGUGGGGGCAGGUGAGCCCGCCCCCGGCGUGGAGGUAGAGCAAGAGACACCGUGUGACGCCCUGCCUUCGGACACCGCUUCCCUCAGUGACUCGGACUCCGAUCUCAGCCUGCCUGGCAGCGCCGAGCUGGAGGCCCGGUCCCCGGAGGAGCUGCCCGUGGAGGCCGAGGGGGACUCGGGCCCCGAGGAGCCCCCCUCGCCGCCGAGGGGCCUCCCCGCAGCCGCAGCACAGCCUUUCCACCUGCGGGGCGCCAGCAGCUCCUUCUCCCAGCGCAGUCGCAGCAUCUUUGACUGCCUGGAGGGCGUGGCCAGGCAGGCGUCGCACGUGGGGCUCCAGACCAGCCCCGGCCACCAUGGAGGCUUCAAACGGCCCCUGGCGCCCUCGAGCCAGCCUUUAGCAAAGUGCCCAGGCAGAGCCAGUCCGAGCCCUGUCCCUCCAAGGGCGCCCCCCGUCCCCGACUACGUGGCCCACCCUGAGCGCUGGACCAAGUACAGCCUGGAGGACGUGGCUGAGGCCAGUGAGCAGAGCAACCGGGCUGCCGCCCUGGACUUCCUGGGCCCCCGGAGCCUGGACCCCCCCAGCAACUGCGUGUCCUCCUUCAACCAGGACCCCUCCAGCUGCGGGGAGGGCAGAGUCAUCUUCACCAAACCCGCCCGGGCCGCAGAGGCCAGACCCGAGCGGAAGCGGGUCCCCAGGAAGGCGGGAGAGCCGGGCCGGGGCGAGGCGUCGGUGGAGCUGGCCCACCUGGCCCGGCCCGGGAGCCCGGAGGCUGAGGAGUGGGGCGGCCUGCCCGAGGGGGCCCCCCACCGCGGGCCAGCAGCAGGCCCCUCCGUGGUGGAGAGUGUCGGCUUCCAGAGCAGCAGGAAGCGGAGUAGAGACCACUUCCGGAACAAGAGCAGCGACAAGGAGGCCCCGGGGGCCGAGGUCUGACCUGGGAGACUGCCCGGCUGUAGGAGGCUGGCCCCUUGGGCAGGGAGCCGGUGGGCUGCCUGUAGGCGGCCCCAGCUGGGGCUCAGGCAGUAUGGUCUUGGGAGCAGAGACCUUGCCAAGGGGAUGGCGGCGGCCCUGGCCGUCUGGGCACCCGUGGGG